AUGUCCCACGGCGUCAAAGUCAACUCCGGAGGCGGGCUCGCCGUCCCCUUAACUGGCAGACCCCUAAUCCGCUCCGCCAGCAGUCCCUUCCCUACUCACAACCUCACCCGCAGCUACGUCGAGUACCCGCGCGUCUUCUACCCUUCCACCCUCCUCAUGAGAUGCAGGCCAACUCUUCAAGCUCUCACCAUCUACAACCCUAUGUCCCACACCACCAACACGCUCUUCAAAACACUCAAUGGCCCCGCUGACAUAGCCCACAUCGACGCCCAAACCAUCGUCGUCAGCUGUGCCGUCAUCAAUUCAGCACUGGCAGUCAAUUUCGGCCCAGACUCCAGAUACAACUUCACGCAUAUCCUCCCCGCUACCACCCCCAAGCUCUCUGCCGAGAUCUUUGCCGUGCAGAAGUGCCUCAAGCUGGGCCGGGGCAUCGCGAACGUGUUUGGCCCGGACCGGGUAGCGGUGAUGAGGAUUGUUGUGGCGACGAGCAGCAAGGAGAUCGUGAAGGCCAUGACAAGGUGGCUGGAGGAGUGGACUAAGAACGAGGCUAUGCCCGUUCAGAGGACGUUUGAGGAGUUUGAGGACCCGGCGGAUCGGAAGGCGAUGGAGAGGAUUGAUAGGUUCGUGGAGGAGAUUGUGGAGGAGGACGGGACAGAGGUUGAGUUUUGGCUCUUGGAUAAUGAGAGCUUGCAUGAGACUGAGGCUUUGGUGAGGGAGAAAUUGAGGGAGGCCAAGUGA